GAAGACACAGAGACCUCUUCAUACCACCGUGACAGAUUCUCUCUGCAGCUUGGCUCCUCUGGUGGAGGCUCAGGUCCAGGAUUUGUCAUGGCCACCAUUGGGCAGGUGAUAUUUAGGAUUAUGAUUGCGAUCAUCAUCCUCCUUGUUGCCGCCCUUGGGCUCAUCAUCGGCCUCAGUGUUGCCGGUAACAGCACCACUAAUGACGUGACCACCGUUAACACUGUCGGACAGAUGGGUAAGGAUGCGAUCCUUCCUUGCACUUUCACUCCUGAUGCUAAAAAGACCAGUAAUGUCCUCUGGGAGAAGGUGGGAGACACUGGGAAUGUCUACAAAUAUGAGAACGGAAAGAUUUCAUUGACCGAUCAGAACUCAAACUUCAAAACUCGGACCUCGCUCUUCAUCACCCAGCUGUCUGCAGGCAAUGCCUCCCUGGCGUUAACCAAUGUCAAGCUGAAUGACGCCGGCGUCUACAAGUGCACAAUCACCAACUCUAACGGGCAAGGACAGAACACGCUGAGCCUCAGCGUCGGAGCGUUUUCAGAUGUGACGGUGACUAACAUCUCACAGACCACCCUGCGUUGUGACUCCACCAAAUGGUACCCCAUACCCACCGUCAGCUGGCUGAACGUCUCCUCCGGACAGAACCUCAACAGUGUCACCAACUUCGUGCCCAGUAUUGGCAGCAUGGUCAGGGUGAUCAGUGACUUCAGAAACGCAGAAAAAAAUAUACCGUUUAGAUGUGUGAUAAGCAACAAUGUCGCCCGUGCUCAAGGAGACGCUAUACUCACAGAUUACGGCCUGGAGACAGAGUCCCGGCUGGAGGUGUUGAGUUCAGCCCGGAUCUCGUCCCCUUCCCUUCUUCUCCUGGGCUUCCUCAUCCUGACCUUCCAUCUUGGAGAUGUGAACUUGUAGACAUCUCCCUUUACUACCAGGUCUCCUAAAGGAUGAACUUGGAGCUGCAUCUUCUCAGAGACAUUUCAUUGACUUCUCAGCUGUGUCCUUCUAACCUCUGGAGAUCAUCCAUGGACUGUAAGCUCUGCAGGUCAGGUAGCUUGCCCUGCAUGUCGUCCUGGGUAUAUCAGCUGGGUGACUCCAUCUUCAGAACGUCUUCUCCUCUGGUGUCAUUUCUAUGGAUUCAGGCUGUCAGGAGGCAUCUGGUAGCACAAGUCCUGCAGACAUGAAGCACUACAGAAGUCACUGGAUGAGACGAACACAUGGCAGCCAUUCAGUGCCCAGACCUCAGGGACACUGGACAAGUCGUCUUCAUGAUGGUGCAUUACUUAUGUGCAGGUUUUACUAGACAGGUGGCCAUGAUGGAACAGCCUAAAGAGCGCCAGAAGGUGAGGUGCAUGGUGCAGAUAUAGGAAAGAAUUGGUUCUUCCAGCAGCACAGAGUAUUUCAGGACAGCAGCGUGCCAAUCUUGUGUAAGGUCAUAUACUCCGCUAUAUAAUUCAAGGAGCAGGACCCCCAGUAGCACAGAGUACAUCUCAGUAGAGGAGUGUGCUGAUAAUGUCUGGGACCAUAGUGUGGGAGUUACAUACUGUAGUAGGAUGAGAAGGGUGCACAGCAGCACAGAGUGUUUCAGCAGGUGGAGGUCCAGUCCGAGAGGGUGACCUGGUCAUGUAGUCCCAGCUAACAGACAGGGCGGCUGCCUUACUCUUCACACUCUUCCCCGUCAUGUGCAGGAAGGAUUUGUUUUUCUAUGAAGGACAUUGCAUUUAUAUAUUACCCAUGAUCCUCUCUGC